AUGGAAGACGACGCCGGAGAUAAAUCAAGCUUCAUAGUCGGAUUAAUCGAGAACCGCGCUAAAGAGGUUGGAGUGGCUGCAUUUGACUUGAGAUCGGCUUCAUUUGACCUUUCUCAGUAUAUUGAGACCAGCAGCUCCUACCAGAACACGAAAACGUUACUGAAUUUUUAUGAACCUACAGUAAUUAUAGUUACUCCUACUAAGCUGGCUCCUGAUGGCAUGGUCGGUGUCUCUGAAUUGGUCAACAGAUUUUGUCCAUCGACCGCAAAGGUUAUUAUGGCUCGUGGUUGUUUUGAUGACACCAGGGGAGCUGUGCUAGUAAAGAAUUUAGCUGCCAAGGAACCAUCUGCUCUUGGUUUGGAUACUUAUUACAAGCAAUAUUAUCUUUGCUUAGCUGCUGCGGCUGCAACCAUCAAAUGGAUAGAAGCAGAGAAAGGGGUGAUCAUCACUAACCACUCUUUAUCUGUUACUUUUAAUGGAUCAUUUGAUCACAUGAAUAUAGAUGCUACUAGUGUCCAGAACUUGGAACUAGUUGAGCCGAUGCACUCUAGUCUUUGGGGAACUAACAACAAAAAGAGAAGUCUGUUUCACAUGCUCAAGACAACACGGACUGUAGGAGGGACGAGACUUUUGCGAGCUAACCUCUUGCAGCCACUAAAAGAUAUCGAGACUAUUAAUGCCAGACUCGAUUGCCUGGAUGAGUUGAUGAGCAAUGAGCAGCUGUUCUUUGGGUUGUCCCAGGCUCUCCGCAAGUUUCCAAAAGAAACUGAUAAGGUCCUCUGUCACUUCUGCUUUAAGCAAAAGAAAGUUGACAAUGUCAUCCUGACCAACGACAGUUCUCGAAAGAGCCAAAUCUUAAUAUCCAGUGUUAUUCUUCUCAAAACUGCCCUAGAUGCCUUACCAUUACUGUCCAAGGCUCUUAAGGAUGCCAACUGCUUCUUACUAAAAAAUAUUUACAAAUCCGUAUGUGAGAAUGAAAAAUUCCCUUCCAUGAGGAAAAGGAUUGCGGAAAUGAUUGAUGAAGAUGUUCUUCAUACACGUGUUCCUUUUGUUGCCCGAACACAACAGUGUUUCGCUGUCAAGGCAGGAAUUGAUGGACUUUUGGAUAUUGCGAGGCGGUCCUUUUGCGACACUAGUGAAGCAAUACACAACUUGGCAAAUAAAUAUCGUGAGGAUUUUAAGCUGCCAAAUUUGAAAAUUCCAUACAACAAGAGACAAGGUUUUUACUUUAGCAUUCCUCAGAAGGACAUACAGGGAAAACUCCCUAGCAAGUUCAUCCAGGUUAUAAAACAUGGAAACAACAUACACUGCUCUUCUCUGGAACUGGCCUCUCUGAAUGUAAGGAAUAAAUCUGCAGCUAAAGAGUGUUAUAUUAGAACAGAAUUUUGUCUGGAAGCUCUAAUUGACGCUAUACGAGCGGAUGUUUCUGUGCUCACUCUUCUGGCGGAGGUCUUAUGCCUUCUAGAUAUGAUAGUAAAUUCAUUUGCUCAUACAAUAUCCACAAAGCCAGUUGACCAGUAUACUAGACCUCAAUUUUCGUAUGAUGGUCCUUUGGCAAUUGACUCAGGAAGGCACCCCAUCCUUGAAAGUGUCCACAAUGAUUUUGUUGCCAACAACAUUUUUCUUUCUGAAGCAUCAAAUAUGGUAAUUGUCACGGGUCCAAACAUGAGUGGAAAGAGCACUUACCUUCAGCAAAUUUGUCUGGUUGUCAUCCUUGCUCAGAUUGGUUGUUAUGUUCCCGCUCGUUUCGCAACUUCUAGAGUAGUUGAUCGCAUAUUUACUAGGAUGGGAACUAUGGACAACGUUGAGUCGAACUCCAGCACGUUUAUGACCGAGAUGAAAGAAACGGCUUUCAUCCUGCAAAAUGCUUCUCAUAGAAGUCUGAUUGUUGUGGAUGAACUGGGAAGAGCAACAUCUUCCUCUGAUGGACUUGCGAUUGCCUGGAGCUGCUGCGAGCAUCUACUGGCUUUAAGAGCGUACACAAUAUUUGCUACUCACAUGGAAAACCUAUCUGAAUUGGCCACCAUUUAUCCGAACGUGAAAAUCGUUCAUUUUGAUGUUGAGGUUAAGAACAAGCGCAUGGAUUUCAAGUUUCAACUGAAAGAUGGGCCACGGCAUGUAGCACAUUAUGGCCUCAUGCUAGCGGAAGUAGCUGGGCUGCCCAGUUCAGUAAUAGAAUCCGCUAAGAGCAUCACAUCAAAGAUCACUCAACAGACUGAGCUCGUCGGCGACGACGCUAAAAUCGACAACCUUCUUCCUCCAUCCUAG